AUAAAUGUCGUCUUCGUGAACAGAUGAAGAGGACAGCACCAUCUCGCCAGUUUGGUUUGUAAAAAUACAGUAUGCAUUUUAUCAUCGUUGUACAACUAGUUGCAUGUGGAUUAAGUUGUAUAAAUCAUGCUGUCUUCUUCUUCAGUAGAUCAUCUUGUUAAAGAUAUUAUGUGCACAGUACCACCUCCGCUGGCAACUAAAACUAUGUCAUUGUCGGUGUAAUUGUCCUUAUUGUGGUUUCUCCGACGAAGAUGCAUUUGCAUCCCCUCUGGUAUCAGCAGCGUGGGGCAGCCUAGAAGCAUUGAUGUGGUGCAAAGUUUAUUUACGACGACAGCGAGACAGGAAUCGAUCAGUGAGUCGUGUUUCUUCUUCUAAUAUUAGUACAUGAUUGUGCGCAUGAUCGCCAUCUUCAUGAUGUGGUAAAUGGUUUUUAUUGUCGAAAUUCCGCAUGAAAUUUUCAAGUCUGAAACCGAUAUAGAAACUACUUACAGUUCUGUGUAUCGCAUUUUCUGUCUGUCCUUUUUCUCUUGGUACUACAGCUUACACUCUGGCCGACAGCAUUGGCGCAUUCCCUCAUUUGUUGUAUUUGAUGAAGGCGGUUUGAACUUGUUGAAGUUCAAUGAUCAAAGCAUGCUGUGGUCUAUCACUGUCGUGUGAAGAAGUUGUCAUGUUUCUUUUCUUCUUCAUUCAUGUUCAGCAUGAUGCUCAUCGAUGUGACAGUAUUUUUAUCAAUCGAUGUACGACUUCCGUCAAAAAAAAAACGCA